GCGUCAGUGCUCAGUCGACCAUCAGGCGUGUCGAGACGGGCUCCACGCGCUCCCACAAAAUGGCGCGGCCAUUCAUUUAUACAUACUUUCUAACAUUUAUGGUUAAUGUAUUAGCACAGGAUUACUACCAAACACCAAGCAUAGGAUCACAGAUAUUAGCCACAUGUUACAAUAAUGAAGGACAACCGCAAAAAUGUGUACCGGAGUUUCAAAACGCGGCAUACAAGCGGGCGAUUGAGGCGACGAGCACAUGUGGUGAACAUGGUGUCAUGACGUAUUGCAUUCAAACCUCGGCCGGCACUUCGACUCGGUCGUGCGAGUAUUGCAAGCCAGGGGAUUUCUCAAGUGACUAUUUAACUGACCUGCAUUAUAAGCAGGAUAAUCAGACCUGGUGGCAGUCUGAGACGAUGAAAGAAAUCAAUCCCACUAACGCUAUCACCCACGUCAAUUUGACUUUGCAUUUAGGGAAAGCUUACGACAUAACAUACGUGCAAUUGGUUUUCUACUCACCUCGGCCGCAGAGCUUUGCUAUAUAUAAAAAAGUCAGCGCGGAUUCUGACUGGGAACCUUAUCAGUAUUUCAGUGCAUCAUGUCGAGACUCAUAUGGAUUAUCAGAGCAACGCGCCGCAGAAAUCGGUGCAGAAACUAGACCUCUUUGUACUAGCGAGUAUUCGGACAUCUCACCUUUGUCUGGUGGCAAUGUGGUUUUCUCUACACUAGAAGGAAGACCAUCGGCUUAUAAUUUUGAAAGUAGCCCAGAACUUCAGGAAUGGGUGACAGCUACAGAUUUGAGGAUAACACUUGAUCGUUUCAAUACGUUUGGUGACGAAAUCUUCCAAGAUACCCAUGUGUUACAAUCGUACUGGUACGCUAUAGCUGAUAUUGUGGUCGGAGCGCGAUGCAAAUGCAAUGGACACGCGGCUAAAUGCAAUACUCAGUGCAGAUGUGAACAUAACACGGACGGCCCUGAAUGUGAAAGAUGUUUGGAUUAUUACAACGAUGCUCCUUGGGGUCGAGCUUUGCCUACCAAUGCUCACGAGUGCAAGGCUUGCAAUUGCAACGGAUUUUCGCAAAAGUGUUAUUUCGACAAGGAUUUGUACGAGAGGACUGGCCAUGGAGGCCAUUGUAUGAAUUGCACACACAACAGAGAUGGUGCUAACUGUGAGCGAUGCAAAGAGAACUACUUUCAAGGAGAUCAGGGCAACUGCACGGCUUGUAACUGCAACCCAACAGGAUCAAGAAACCUUCAAUGUAACGCUGAAGGCAAAUGUCAAUGCAAACCAGGAGUUACAGGAGACAAGUGUGAUUUGUGCGCCUCCAAUCACUAUGACUUCACGAACCAGGGGUGUAAGCCAUGUGGGUGUAAUGAGUACGGAUCCUUCUCCAACACUCCUCAAUGUAAUCCCGACACGGGCGUAUGUUUUUGUAAACAAAACGUUGAGGGCCGACAAUGUAGAGAGUGUAAACCUGGUUAUUUCAAUCUGGAUAUUGGGAAUGAGUUUGGUUGCACGCCAUGCUUCUGCUUCGGUCACUCGUCACAAUGCAGCCCAGCACCCAAAUACCAAGCCCAUGAAAUAAGUGCACAUUUUAUCAGAGACGCCGAAAAGUGGACCGCCGAAUAUAAUAAUCACACUGCCGCCCCAUUAAAGUUUAACGCAAACAUGCAAAAUAUAGCUGUAUCGUCUAAGGAUUCAGAAAAAAUCUACUUUGUGGCUUCAAAGCAGUUCCUUGGUGAUCAAAGACCUUCUUACAACCACGAUCUUAAGUUUUAUUUACGUUUGGGUGAGAAUAGAGGGUACCCUGAAUCCCAAGAUAUAAUUCUGGAAGGCCCUCAUACUUCAGUAUCUUUACACAUUUAUGGACAAAACAAUCCGGAACCUAAUGAUCAGGAACAAGAAUAUGUAUUUCGGUUACACGAGGAUCCCAGAUACGGAUGGACACCGACUUUGUCCAACUUUCAGUUUAUGUCAUUGCUUCAAAAUUUGACUGCAAUUAAAAUAAGGGGCACAUACAACAAAUACGGCACAGGUUAUUUAACCGGGUUCAAACUGGAUACAGCAGAAAUCGGGAGAGAGAAGGGAUCAGCUCCCGCUAACUGGGUGGAGAAAUGUUCAUGUCCUGACGCCUACGUUGGCGACUACUGUGAGGAGUGCGCCCCUGGAUAUAAACACGAACCAGCGAACGGCGGCCCAUACUCUGAUUGUAUACCCUGUGACUGCCAUGGACAUGCCCAUAUCUGUGAUACGGCGACAGGUUUUUGUAUAUGCAAACAUAACACUACUGGAAGUAACUGCGAGCUCUGUGCGAAGGGUUUCUAUGGCAACGCCAUCGCUGGAACACCGGACGACUGUAAACCAUGCCCUUGUCCUAAAGACAGCGGGUGCGUUCAGUCCAGGGAUCAAAGCAUUGUCUGUACCGACUGCCCAUCUGGAUACGCAGGUCCUAGAUGUGAAAUAUGUGCAGACGGUCACUUUGGUGAUCCCACUGGUCAGUUUGGUCCACAGACAGAAUGUCAGGAGUGUCAAUGUAACGGCAACGUUGACCCAAACGCUGUGGAGAACUGCAAUAGGACUACUGGAGUUUGUCUCAAGUGUAUUUAUAACACUGCCGGGGAACAUUGUGAUAAGUGCUUGAACGGUUUCUUUGGCGAUGCACUCUUACAAAAUAAUAAAGGAGACUGUAAGCCGUGCGAAUGCCACGAGGCGGGUACAUUGGAGAGCUCCGACGGUUUACCUCAAUGUGAUGGACUCACCGGGUAUUGUUCGUGUAGGCCUCACGUUAUUGGCAAAAAUUGCGACACGUGUGAGGAUGGUUACUACGACAUCCGAUCGGGAACAGGAUGCAAAACAUGCGAUUGCAACGUUGAAGGAUCAUACAAUGCAACUUGUCAUCCAGUUACCGGGCAAUGUUACUGUAAGCCUGGUAUUGAUGGUAUCCACUGCGACCGCUGCCAGCAGCAACACUACGGGUUCUCGGUGGAGGGCUGCAAGGAUUGCGACUGCGACGUGAGGGGCUCCAUGUAUUACCAGUGUGACAUGGACGGCCAGUGCAAGUGCCUUAACAACGUCGAAGGCAGACGUUGUGAUAGGUGUAUGGAGAAUAAGAAACGCCGUGCCGAUGGAAAGGGCUGUGAAGAAUGUCCUGCUUGUUAUAGUCUUGUGCAAGAUGCGGUUACUCAGCAUAGAAAAGAAUUAAAAGAAUUGGAUGAUAUACUUUCGAAAAUAUCUAAAGCCCCAACUGUUGUUGAAAAUGCUGACUUUGAAAAAGAAUUACAGCGUGUUAAAGCGGAAAUAGAAAAAUUGAUGCAAGAAGCGCAGGCAGAGCUUGGUACCGGGCCCGGUUCUAAUAUUACCAACAACUUAGCCGAUCUCGCUGAUAGGCUGGCUGAUAUCCGAAAUAUGUUAUUCAAAAUUGAAGAUGAAAGCUAUGAAGGUAAUGAGUCUGUAGAGAGGAGCAAAGGUAAUGUUUCCAAAGCUGAAGAUACAAUAGAAGCUGCACAAAAGGAAAUCAAUAGUGCUUUGGAGUAUCUUGAUGGAGAAGGAGCAGCCGCUUUAACCAAAGCACGCAAUCGAUCUGACCAAUUCGGAAAACAAUCUGUAGACAUGUCUGCGUUGGCAAAGGAGUCUCGUUUGUUGGCCGAAAAAUUAGAAAACGACGCAAAGAAUAUUAAAGAUAUUGCUGAUAAAGCUUUAAAUACAUCCCUUACUGCAAACACUAUCGCUAAAGAUGGAAUAACAAAACAAGCUAACAUAAGUAGUGAGGUUCAAAUCUUAGCGAACGAGUUGAAUGCAGCGGCUGGAAAGUUAAACAGCCUGGCAGAGUUAGCUGACCAGGCAUUGAAGCGAGCUAAGACCGUCUAUGAUGAAGCUUUGGGACUUUAUGCUGAAGUGAACACUACUUUAUUACCAGAUAUUAAGCUUAACGAAUUACACACGUCUGCUGUGGAAAUGAAUAGAACUAUUGACGAGAAAACAGCUGAAUUGGAUCAACUUAUGAGUGACACUGCAGAAACGCUUCAGUCUUUAGAAGACGAAAUUAGCCGAGGAAAAGAUCUUUUGAAGCAAGGUCACGAAAGACAAGAUAAACUGUAUGACUUACUAGGUCAGCUCGAUGAAUUACGAGCCCAAGCUCAAAAAGAUGUAGAGCUCACUAAUGCUACUCUAAAAGAAGCAGAUGAUAUCUACAAAACUCUCAAGGAAUUUAGUGAUCAAGUAACGGAGUCCCGGCAGCUAGCUGAAAAUGCAGCUUUAGAUAUACCUGGAGUACAAGAGAAGGUAGCAGCUGCAGACGCCAGCAUAACCAGCAUUACUGACGAAUUAACAGCUGCUAGUGAUAAAGCUAAAGAAGCCAGGGACUUGGCUCAACAAGCCCAACAAGAAUAUGCUAAUAAGGCAUCCGAGGCAGCACAUGAAAUUCGGAAAGAUGCUUCCCGAUCUAAGGCUGAAGCGCGUAGACUCCGAGACGAAGCUGAAAAACUAUCAACUCGAGUGCAGGGCACUGCUAAACAAAUCAAAGAGUUGGAGAAACAGGCAGGUGAUAAUAUGCAGCUUACGCGUGACGCUAAAAUGAAGGUAGGUCAAGCCAAUACCGACGCUCGUGAGGCUGAAAAACAAGUGUCCAAAGGGUUGGAAGAUUUGAAAGUAAUUAUGGACGAACUACAAAACUUACCAACUUUAGACGAUGCAGCGCUUGAUCGAUUGGAGGAAAGUUUAAGAACAGCCGAAAAUUCUCUGCGGUCAGUGGACUUAGAUGGCAAAAUCAAAGCCUUAACUGAGGCUAAGAGCAACCACCAACUAUGGAUUAAUCAAUAUAAAGAUGAGCGCAAUCAUCUUAGCAGCGAGGUUGAUAAUAUCGAGGCCAUCUUUAAUCAAUUACCAGGUGGAUGUUUCAAGAAGAUCGCCCUAGAACCGACUGAAGGGCCCAGUAGACCUGCUAGCUUUAGAUAGUGAAUUGCAGAAUUUUAUAAUAUGGCAAUCAAGGAUCAAAAGACAAUAAGUUUUAUAUCUAUACUCAUGGUAGUUCACGAUACUGUACUACACAACACAAAUUGGUAGGCACGUCAACUUUAGACUGAAAUCCUUAACAAUCGAGAAACUUCAACAGAAAGACUGUUGAAGUUUCGGAAGUAUGUCCAAAAAAACACAAUACACAAUAAAUAUAUCGUCAUUCAGUAACUUAAUAAUCAAUUAAUAAUAUAGGUACCUAAUUUAUAUAUAUUUUUUUAUUUAAAUAAUUCUGAAAACAUUGCUAUUCACACAGCAAAUAAUUAUUUAAAUAUUCUGGAUCAGGCGUAGAAAUAAAAUAAUCAUAAAGCUUAUUUAAAUGUUACUAGCGGAUGCCUACGCUUUCGUCCUCGGUUUUAAUAAAUAUAAUCUUUAUUGAUAAUUUACUGUUUAAAGAAUUCCGAAAUUAAUUAUUGGAACUGUUCAAUGAUUUUUUUUUAUUGAAAUCAGAGUAAAUAAUAAUUUUGUAUUAAAAAUAUGUGUUCUUAGUAUCAGCAUUUAUUUUCGCAUUUUACGUUCUUAAUUAGUCGUUAUUUUAUAGAGUUUUUUUAAACCUUACUAUACAUUAUUUUGUGAAGUUUAAGUUAUAAUUAUAUAGGUAAUUACUUACUUUAAACGGUGCCAUAUAUAUUUGGUACAAAUUGUAAAUAUUCUUAACAAAUACAAUUUAAGUAUUGAACUCACACUUUGAUAUCUAUUAUUUUUAUGAUACAUGAUAAAUUAAGUAAAUUGUCUCCCAAAAUUAUUACACGCAUUUCGCCAAAGAAGAAGAAUGACAAGAAAGGUGUACAUUGUAGGAUUAAUAUUAACAUUUUUUUAUUUGACCUAUUGAAGAUGAAAAAAUACAUUUCACUGUAGUUUAUUUAUUUGUAAUAAAACAAAGAAAAAGGAA